AUGAAUGCGUCGCUGAUCGCGCUGCUCGCGACGCACGGCAUCACCCUGGAGGCGCUCGUGCCCAUCGGCGCGGCAGUGCGUGGCCUUGAUCUGCGCAAGACCCCGCCGAAAGAUGUGCUCAAUGCUCUGGAGUCUGUCAUGGCGGAUCGAGGUUUCCUGGUGUUCAAGAAGCAGGGCGUUUUGAGCGGCGCGGAGCAGGUGGUCGCUUCCGAACUAUGGGGUGCACAAGAGAUGCACUCGACGCACGGCGUGCACCCGCAAGCGCCAAAUCGUCACAUCUUCCGCCUGUCGAACGAUCGGAGUGUGGGCAUUCUUGGGGUCGGCCCGCAGUGGCAUAAUGAUGGCUCGUUCGAGCGCGCUGUCUUCUCCCACGUCGGCUACCACAUCAUUCGAGUUGCCGAGAAUGGCGGAGGCACCAUUUUUGCGCAUCAGGGUGCCGCCUUCGAUGCUCUACCUCCUGAAGAGCAGGAGCGGUGGCAGCGGCUCGUCUCCGUGAAUUCGAACUCGGGCGUGCUCCACCCCGUCGUGCACACGCACCCGAUCUCGAAGCGCAAGAGCGUCUACCUCCACCUCGGCAUGACGGGUGCCGUGCUC